CACUGGGGCAGUGGUUCUCUGCAGUGAAAGAUGCUAAGGGGCCGCUUGCGCAGCUGCCACUUGAUGGUUUCCUUGCAAUGGCCACCUAUGCUGAUCGAAGGUUUCGGCUGGUAUGCGCAUGGCCCGUGAAAGCUGCAGAGUGCCCCAUUCUUGUCUCAAAGAGGAAAAACCGUGCUGCUCCUGGGGAUGGCUCUUUGUUGGCAUUCUACCGUGAAAGAUAUGGCUUGGAAGCUAGCGACCUGCAGCAGUGCGUGCUAGAGGCAGGUGAUGGGACGGUCCUUGCUCCUGUGGCGGCUGCAACUGGUGCUAUGCUAUCUACACAGCUUAGAGGAGGACUUGAAGCAUGCGGAAGGGCUGAUGAAUUUCACUUUACAGCACAGGCGCCUGCUGGGCCUGCUAAGCCUGCUGAGCCUGCUGAGCCGGGCCCUAUCCGCUUGCUGCCUGAGUUUUUGCGACCCCACCCGCUUUCGCAGUCCGUCACCUUGCUGCGCGCUCUGAAGCUCCUUCCUUUGCUCCUCCAGAAACUGAAGCGCCUGGAUGCCAUGGCCGAGCUUGGCGCAUUGCUCGCGGAUUUGCUCGAAUACAAGCGACAUCCGGAAUCAAAGCGUUCGGAAUUCACUUUUCUGCAACCUUUCCAGACAAGAACCUACGACGGACGCCGGCAUGCCUUAGAAGAGGAGCGGCGGCUGCUUCAGCGCCUCAGCGAGUUUCAAGUCGAUCAUGCCGAUCAAGACCAGGAGACCGCCUCUCAUCUCCUUUCGAAGGUCGAGAUGGAAUGGAUUCUGGAGGUGGCAACAACAGGCACUGGCGCAGAAGAGCCGUAUGACUUCACUCGACUUGCUUGGCUGGGCGAUGCAGUUGUUUUUUUCAUCGCAGUGACUUUGGAGUGCAAAGAGGAAGGUCCACUGGAGCUUCGGCAAAGAAGAGCAGCCGCCCUGAUCUCUAACAGGUGCCUUGCCAAAGUAGCUUCUUCUUUUGGCUUGGAGAGGUUUCUCAACACAGUUCCUAUUGCUGCGAAGAAAGAGCCACCGCCAAUGGGCCAGAAGGUGCCAGCAGAUGCGCUCGAAGCAUUGCUUGGAGCCCUUCUGCUUGUGGGUGGGCUGCAAAGCUGCUUUGUGUUCAUGAGCCGUUUGCAUUGGUUCCACACAGAGGAUGGUGGUGACUACUGCGUUCCUUUCCAAUCUCCCUCAGAUGCUUCCACAUGGCUUGGGGCUGCUCUAGUCCGUUUGAGCUGCACUGCUUGGCUACUGAGUUCCCACCCAGAACUUUCAGCCGAAGGGCUUUCUGAUCUCAGAGCGGAACUUUUGACAGCUGGACCAGAAUCGAGAAUUGCUUCCUUUCCAGCCGGUGCAGAACAAAACCUGCAGAGCUUGGAGAGGUGGGCUGGUCAGAGGAGCAACGAUGGUGUGCCGGUGGGUGGCACAUUUGAGAUGCUUUCUGAAUACUGGGCGGAGCUGCAGAGCUGCAGAGCUGCGCCAGAGAAAAUGGAUGAAAACGGUGCAGAAACAUUAUGA